AUGUCUAUGUUGAAGCAGCUGACUAUAAAUGUUCCUUUGGUUGAGGCAUUAGGGCAAAUGUCAAGGUAUGCCAAAUUCAUGAAGGACCUUUUGAUAAAGAAGAGAGCAGUAAGUUAUGAACCAGUUGAUAAUCUCCAUCAUUGUAGUGCGAUUGCUACAAGGUCAUUAGUUCAGAAGAAGGCAGAUCCGGGAGGCUUCACUAUUCCUUGUACGGUGGGGUAUUUUAAUUUUGCCAAGGCCUUAUGUGAUCUCGAGGCUAGCGUUCAUUUGAUGCCGCUAGCUAUUUAUAAACAGUUGGUGUUGGGAGAUCCUACUCUAACCAACAUGUGGCUUUUAAUGGCGAAUAGGUUGUUAAAAUGGCCUGUUGGGGUUCUGUAUGUUGUAUUAGUGAAGAUGAAUGAUGAAGUGGUUCAUUUCAAUGUAUGUAAAUCAAUAAAGCAGCCCAAAGAAAUGAAUGUUUUCUCUAUAGUUGAUAUUUAUUAUGAGGAAGAGCUGGAAUUAUGUUUGGAGGAGAAGUUUACAUAUUCUUAUGCCCUCAAGAAGCUGGAUCUUGACCUUAAGAAUCGGCCUUCACCACCGGUGAAGCCAUCCAUUAAGGAGCCACCAAUGUUAGACUUGAAGAAGCUACCUAGUCAUCUGUGGUUUGUGUUUUUUAGUAGUGGAAAUACGCUACCAGUUAUUAUUGCCGCUGAUCUCAGUGAAUAA